CAAGGGAAAUCCAAGCAGCCUUAAGAAGGCCGGCAGGCCCCGGCCGCGGGGAUGGGUCUUGUCUGGAGAAGGCUCGGAAUUCCGAGUCCUGCGGGUCUGGGUUCGGGACCCCGGGUUUGCUCACGCGUGGCCGACCCGCGCCCAACGCUCGCCGGGCAGCCCGAUGCGCAGCGUCCGCAUCGGCGUCGGCCUCCUGGCGGCCCUGGCGGCGGGUGGCGCUGUCGCCCUGCUCGGCUACUGCGUCUACCUGGACCGGAGGCGGCGCAGAGACCCCGAGUUCCGGCGCUGCCUGCGGGACCGGAGAAGAGCUGGAGAUCCCAAGGCCCAGGCGUGGGCCAGGCAGUUAUGGGAUCCAGCAAGGAAGGAAAAACUCCAAGAAUUUUUUUUGCAAGAGGUGCAGAUGGGACAACUUUGUUUAGUUAGAGGAGAGCCUGGAAUAGGGAUUGAACAUCUCACCAAUGCCCUUUUAGUGUGUGGGCAGCCGAAGGAGCUUCUGAUGUUUUUCAAACAAACCCUCCCUCCUGAGGUAUUUCAGAUGCUAUUGUACAAAAUUCCCCUUAUUUGCCAGGUGAGCACGUAUUUAAUUAUCCUUGUGAAAAAUUAUCUAACCGUGGGGGACUUGAUUACACAGAAACAAUGACUGGAUGUGGACUCCUCAAGGUCCUCAAGUAGUAUCUAUUUCUGGUUCUAUUCUUUCAUUAAGGUAAGACUAGCUUAUUUUCUGUGUUCUACUAUAGUGAACUGUGUACUUUGUUAUUGUAUGUUUUCACAUUUCAAUGUUAAAGCAGAAUGGUACUUCUCACCAACUUGACAAAACACAGAAACAGCUUUGUGAAUGUAAACACAGGCUAACAGUGCUCUGUAAUAUGACUUUAGAUGGUAACUAAUAAAGGCCACUUCGAAGCUCUUCCUUUUGCCAGUUCCAUUAAAAAAACAAAACAAAAACAAAGUACUUAAACUUAUCAGCUAGAAUUUUCUGUGAAUGCAUGAAUUUGCUUCAGAAUUUAUUAGCCAUAAGAUGGAAAUUUAACUGGUUCAUUUUACUCAAUUGGUCACAUUAGUUGUAUGUUAUUAUUUACACUCAAACCAUGCAUGUUGGUGUGUGUGUGUGUGUGUGUGUGUGUGUGUGUGUGUGUGUGUGUGUGUGUGUGUAUGUAAAUGCAUUCACAAAGGCACCACAGCCUAAGUGGAGGGCAGGAGACAACUGGGUAAGUCAAUUGUACUGAUGGAACUCAGGUUGCCAGGCUUGGAACUGAGUGCCUUUAGCUGCGGAGCCCUCACUAGCCUGGACCUCCAGUUUUUAAACAAACUGUAAGACUGUAAUAGAGCGUGACAGUCAUGAACAUUUCCAAGCUAGCCUCAAAAGGGAUGUUCCCUAAAGAUUUAUUAAAAUGCAGCUAGGAGAAGAAUGUGUAGUAUCUAAUGUGACAGGAGAAGCAAGGAAAAAGUGCCCUGAAAUGAUUAGCAAGUAACUGUUUUGUGUAUU